ACUCCUCUUUUACGCAGCUUCCGCCUCGCUUUACGUGCCCUUACGUACAUAAAUCUCGCAGUGAUGGCUGCGCCGCCCGAUACGGAGAGUCUGGAGUCUCAUAUCAACAGAGCCACAAAUCCACUUAACAGAGACACAGACUGGAGCAGCAUCAAUGCCUUCUGUGACCAGCUCAACAACGACCUGGAGGGACCUCAGCUGGCCACCAGGCUCCUGGCCCACAAAAUCCAGUCUCCUCAAGAGUGGGAGGCCAUGCAGGCGCUGUUGGUCCUGGAGACGUGCAUGAGAAACUGCGGGAAAAGGUUUCACAGCGAAGUGGGCAAGUUCCGAUUUCUCAACGAGCUCAUCAAAGUAGUUUCACCAAAGUAUUUAGGCUCUCGCUCUCCAGAGGCAGCAAAAAAGAAAGUUUUGGAGCUGAUCUACAGCUGGACGCUGGCGUUGCCUGAUGAGCCCAAGAUCUCAGAUGCUUAUCAGAUGCUAAAGAAACAAGGUAUCAUUAAACAAGACCCAGAGCUUCCCCCAGACAAGCUGCUGCACCUUCCUCCACGCAGACCUAAAAACACCAUUUUUGAGGAUGAGGAGAAGUCAAAAAUGUUGUCCCGCCUGCUAAAUAGCUCACACCCUGAAGACCUGAAAGCUGCUAACAAACUCAUUAAGGAAAUGGUCCAAGAGGAUCAGCGGCGAGCGGAGAAAGUGUCGAAACGCGUCAACGCCAUACAGGAAGUGAAGGAGAGCGUCGCUCUGCUGACUCAGCUGCUGCAGGACUACGACGGCACGGCGACCGGCCAGGGCAACGGCGACCUGAUACAGGAUUUGUACCAGCGCUGCGAGAAGAUGAGGCCGACGCUGUUCCGGCUAGCGAGCGACACGGAAGACAACGACGAAGCGCUAGCCGAGAUCCUGCAGGCCAACGACAGCCUGACUCACGUCAUCAACCUGUACAAGCAGCAGGUGAAGGGCGAGAUUGUGAACGGAAACAACACACUAAACACACAGAAACCCGCCGGGACGGCUCUGCUGGAUCUGUCCGGGUUGGACACGUCGCCCCAGUCGCCUCCUUCCUUCCCAGAGUUCCCCACUCCCACCGACGGCCUCCAGGCUCCCUCACAGGAGACGGGGAUCAGCCUGCUGGACGAUGAGCUCAUGUCACUCGGUUUGAGUGAAGGGACGCACACCUCCAACCCGUCACAACCGGACGACUCCACAGCCUGGGACUCCUUCCAGUCCUCCGACAGCAUCGACGCGGAUGUCCAAGCAGCUCCUCAUCUCCUGCUGAGUCCUGACCCUCCGUCUCACUCCCAGCCUCUGUCGUCCCUGGAUGAGCUGGACCUGCUGGGGAAGACGCUGCUGCAGCAGUCGCUGCCUCCCGAGGGUCUGCAGGUCAAAUGGGACAAGCAGCAGUCCAAGCCGACUCUGAGGGAUCUCCAGUCCAAGUCGGGAAUCAACACUAGCGCUCCUGCUGCCGUAGCCUUAGCGGCCGACCCCUCCGCCUCCAGCCUGGGAGGAACGCUGCUGGACAAAUCCCCGGCUCACGCAGCAGAAGUCUCCCUGGCCGAUGUUUUUGUACCUCUAGAAUCCAUUAAGCCCAGUAGCCUCUUACCCAUAACCGUGUUUGACGGACACAGCCUGCGGGUUCUCUUUCACUUCGCCCGCGACUCGCCUCCGUCCCGCCCCGACGUGCUGGUGGUGAUCAUCUCCAUGUUGUCCUCCGCCCCUAUUCCCGCCACCAACAUUCACUUUGAAGCUACAGCCCCAAAGUCUGUGGGGGUGAAGCUGCAGCCUCCAUCGGGGUCAGAGCUCCCAGCUUUUAACCCCAUCCUGCCCCCUGCUGCCAUCACGCAGAUCCUGCUGCUAGCCAACCCUAACAAGGAGAAAGUCCAGCUGCAGUACAGACUAUCGUUCUCCAUGGGCGAGCAGCAGCACAGCGAGAGCGGCAGAGUAGAACAGCUUCCUGACCCUGAGAAGUGGGGGAACCUAUAGCACCUGAACUCACCCCGACAGACUCUCUGCUUCCGGACUCGGCCGCCUGUCCUCCGCCAUCGGCGCCGUCUUCAGACACGUUUCCUUUGCGGUCAUUCUGGCGUACGUUGGUUUGGAUGGCAGUGAUUUUUUUU